UUUUUUUUAAAGACUUUGGAUUGAAGGGGUUUUAUGUUUUUAAAGAACCUCCUUAAUUAAUCCAUUUUUUUCUGGGUUUUUAAACCUGUUCUUAAGUAUUAUCAAGAAACAGGUUGGUUUGAUUUUUAUUUAAUCUAUUUUUGUGUGUUUAUUUUAAUAUAUGACAGCUACUAUGGAUCACUAUGACUGUAGUAGUGCAUUUCAACCGGAUUUCUACGGUGGAGAAUUGAUGGAAGCAGUUGAACCUUUUAUGAAAACUGUUUCUUCUUCAACUUCUUCCCCUUCUACUCCUUCGUCUUCUUCGUUUUACACACCAUUUUCUGUUCUCCAAGAACCGGCUCAACUCUGUUCAACAACUCCCCAGAUUCACUUCCAAAACAUCCAAUCUAGCUACUUUUACCAGAAUUCCCAACCCACCAUGAACCAUGACCAUAGAGUCAGGUUUCUUAGGCCCAAACCGAUCCCGAUGAAACAGAUGUGUUCGCCGCCAAAACCCACUAAGCUUUACCGAGGUGUUAGGCAACGCCACUGGGGAAAAUGGGUCGCCGAGUUCCGGCUACCUAAGAACCGGACACGUCUCUGGUUAGGCACUUUCGAAACAGCCGAGGAAGCAGCCUUGGCUUACGACAAAGCUGCCUAUAAACUACGAGGUGACUCGGCGAGACUCAAUUUCCCCAACCUUCGCCACCACGGCUCCCACAUCGGCGGCGAGCUUGGUGAUUACAAGCCCUUGCAGUCAUCCGUCGAUGCUAAGCUCGAAGCCAUUUGUGAGAGCUUGGAACAAGACCGAAAGCAAGGGAAGAACAAGAAGAGAUCAUCGGACAAAACCAAGAGCAGCAAGGUUGAAGAACAGACAGUGAAGCUGGAGAACUCGUCUUCAUCUUUGUCUCCGGUUCCGUCGGAGAAUGAGGUGGCGGCGUAUUCUUCACCUUUAUCGGAUCUUACGUUCUCGGGUUUGAACGAACAGUUGUGGUCUGAAAUUGGUUCAUGUUCGGAAAUUGUCAUGUUGUCGAAAUUCCCUUCGUAUGAGAUUGAUUGGGAUUCUAUUUUAGAAGCCUAAAGUUUCUUUCUUUCUUCUUUCUUUUUUUAGUAUUUGUAGUUCUGUAAGCUUACUGCAAUGGAGUUUUUGGCAGUUGCAGUAGCGGUUUAGGGUUGUUAGUUUGUAAGAAAUUGUGACACUCUUCAUGGUGAUCAGCUCGUGUUUUGAAGUGCUGAACCAAGGGAGAGAUUUGUUAGUGUCUAUGUGGAUU